AUGUCCACCCUCAAUUCCACCAAUAUGACCAACGAGCAGACAGGCAUCGCCCUUGUCGGCAUCGCCACCGGCUUCACCAGCGCCGCAAAUGACAGCGCCCACGCCGCCGCAUACCUCGUCCGCUGCCUCGUGAAGACCGUCCUCAGCACCGGCUGCAACAUCUGCAACGUCCACGUGGCUUUCCACGUGCCAACCAGCAACUGGCUCGUGUCCCUCGCUGCCACGGCAUCCGCCGACAGCGAGGUCCCCGUUGACGCCGACUGGACUAGCACGAUCGAGGCGAAGUUCAGGGGGAACCAGUAUAUUGCCGCUGAGUCCGUCCGCCGGUUGCAGUCUGAGGUGGGAACCAAGCAGGUUCUCCACCAGGACUGGCAGGAUAGGCUAAAGUGGGAGCGCGGGACGCUGGUCUUCUUUCACCUGGGCGAGCCGUUUUUCCUUGAACGCCUGGGUAAUGUUGAUUUCAAGGAGCUUAGUGUGUUUAACUACAUUGUCCCUGAGACUAUUCCCAACCAGCGGAAUUGGAGGGACCCUAAGACUAAGAUUGAUCUAACGGGGUUGCUUGAUAAGAUUUCUCCCCGGCUGUAA